AUUUUCUUGUUCUUUAAUUUUCCCAAUCCUCUUUCAUUUGUGUCCCCUUUAUUUAUAUAGAUUUUCCAACUUCCUCUCUUCUUCUUCCCUGUUAUUCUCUCAGGUCCCCCCUUGCUCUUUGGGGUAUGAUGGGUGAUGGUUCUGUGAGCAGACGGGUGGUGGUAACCUUCUACCUAAAUUAUCUCCAUGGAUACCUCCCCUCCCUCUCACAUUUGGAACUCUUCCUUCAAUUUUUCAGGGGGAUCCAUUUCUACCAAUACCCAAUAUGGGGCCCUCUUCCUUAUGCUCCUCAUGGACUUGAUGGCGGUGGCUGGGAAUGUAGCCGUCAUGGGGGUCAUUAUGAAGACCCCAUCCCUCAGGAAGUUUGUGCUGGUAUUCCACCUUUGUGUGGUGGACCUCUUGGCUGCACUGACUCUUAUGCCAAUGGCUAUGCUAUCAGGAGGCGGGGGCACCUCUCUGUAUGAAGGUCCAGGAUUGGGACAGAUGGCCUGUCGUGCCUACCUCUUCCUGAGUGUGUGUUUGACCAGUACAGGCAUACUGUCCAUUUCUGCCAUCAACAUUGAGCGAUACUACUAUGUGGUUCAUCCCAUGAGGUACCAGGUUAAAAUGACUGUGGGAUUGGUCAGCUGGGUUUUAGCUGGAGUCUGGGUAAAAGCAUUGCUGACUUCACUCAUUCCAGUAUUGGGCUGGAGCCCACCAGCCCCCGGACACUGCAGCCUGCAGGGAGGGGGCAACAGUGUCUUCCGUGCAGGAUUCCUCCUUUUCUACUCCUCAUUCUACUUCCUUCUGCCACUCACCAUCAUUAUUGUUGUCUACUGCAGCAUGUUUAAGGUGGCACGGGUGGCUGCCCUCCAUCAACGGCCUCUUCCAACAUGGAUGGACACUUCUCCCCAACGACGUCGAUCAGAGUCCUUAAGCAGCCGUUCUACCAUGGUGACAGGUUCAGGAGCAACUCGUGGAAGCCCUCAGCAACGGGUGGUAGGUGGGGGUGGAGGGAAAGCUGCAGCUGUCCUAGCUGCUGUAGGGGGUCAGUUUAUGUUGUGCUGGUUGCCAUAUUUUGGCUUUCAUUUGUAUGCUGCACUGCGCACCCCUCCACCUCCACCUGGAUCACAAGUUGAGUGGGCAGUUACUUGGAUGGGGUUCCUCUGUUUUGCCUCUAACCCUAUAUUCUAUGGCUGCCUUAACCGGCAGAUUCGGGGGGAGCUGGGCCGCUGGGUGGGGUGCCUUUUCAAAAGGGGAAACUCAGUUGAGGAUGAGCUUCGUCUGCCCAGCAGGGAAGGUUCAAUAGAAGAGAAUUUUUUGCAGUUUUUGCAAGGAACUGGGUGCCCCCAGGAUUCCAGGUCACAGGCCCGUACUACCCCAAAGGGGGAGUGCCCAGCUGUGGACUUUAGAAUCCCAGGGCAGAUAGCAGAGGAAACUGCAGAAUUCUUGGAACAACCACGCAAUCUAACAGCUGUAAACAGGGAUUACACCCAUACUGGCCCAUCCCACAAAUCAUGACCUUUAGCACCUCAUUCCUCUGCUCUUGACAAUCUCCUGGACAGAUGUGUGAAAUAAUGCAGAUCAUCCUUUUUAAAACCCUAUAGAAAAAAAUCUUUGGUUCAAACAAAGCUCUUAACACUUUCUACUUGCACUAGCUUAGUAUAUAUAUAUAUAUAUAUAUAUAUAUAUAUAUAUAAACCUCAGCAAAUUUUAACCACCCUAUCCUAUGUCACAUGGGAAGGUAGCAGAGCAAUAUUC